UAGAUUGUUGAAAAGAGAAAACGGAACACUUGUUUAUGAAGAACAUACAAGAGAAGCAUCCCAUUGCGCCUCUCAUGUACACACCGACCUCUAUUUGUCCUAGACCUCGACAAACUUUCUCGUUUCUAUUUCGAUUUAGGAAAAUAAUUUCGUCGUUGUCCGCCAAGAAAAGCUAACAAAUAAGGAACCGGAGCCAUGAUUUCUAAAGACGAUGCUCGUACUAUCGUUGGCAUUCUAGGGAAUAUCAUAGCUGGCUCACUAUUUCUCUCCCCUUUGCCAACAUUUUACGCAAUAUGGAAGAAAAAGGCGGUGGAGCAAUACUCAGCAUUACCAUACCUAGCGACCUUCUUUAACUGCGGGCUUUGGGUACUAUACGGGCUGCCUAUGGUCAAACCCAACAGCACGCUGGUUCUGACCAUUAACGGCGCCGGUUUUGCAAUCGAGAUCGUCUACUUGUCUCUCUUCCUAAUCUACUCCGUCCCCAUGAAGCGUCUUCGCUUGGUGGCGGUGGUGGUGGCGGAGUGCUUCUUCUUGGCAGCGCUCGCCCUCUGCGCCCUCCUUCUCCUUAAAAAACCGAAGACCCGCUCUGACAUCAUCGGCAGCAUCUGCAUGGCCGGCAACAUCAUGAUGUAUGCCGCCCCUUUAUCCGUAAUGAAACUUGUGAUCGCGACUAAGAGCGUGGAGUUCAUGCCUUUCUUCAUCUCGUUCUUCUCCUUCAUCAACGGCUUGUGCUGGACGACUUACGCGCUUUUGAAAUUCGAUGCUUUCAUUCUUGUGCCGAAUUCGAUAGGAUCGGCGCUGGGGUUUGUGCAGCUGGUGUUAUACGCGAGCUUCUACAAAUCGACGCAGAGGAUUUUGGCGCAGAGAAAAGCGCAGGGAGGGGAUGUGAACUUGGCAAAAAUUGAUGCUGAGCGGAACCCCAACGGCGACGUUUUGAAUGGAGUUUGAUUUUAUUUGAUUAUCCAUUUUCUAUUUAUAUUUCUUUCAUUUCUGUUUUUGCUCAAUGUCGCGGUUGCUAAGCAAUCGUGAUCUGCUAUUGUAUCGAUUUCCAAGUUGUGUGCUCAUUUUGCGUAAAUAAAAUGUAUAUAUAUAUGGUGGUA